AGUGGGUGAGGGAACACCUUCCCGGGCACCAGUGGGUGAGAGAACACCCUCCCGGGCAGCAGUGGGUGAGAGAACACCCUCCCGGGCACCAAUGGGUGAGAGAACACCUACUACACCCCGGGAACAAUUGAGGGGCGGGUCCACAAGAAACAUUUCUCAAAAGCGCAGUUAUUUAAGGCGGCGAGCGAGGUGAAAGCUACAGUAGUGUAGAGUGGUCCCCUGCGUCAGUGACUGUCUACCGCCCUUACUGACGGAUUACACGGUGAUAAACAAUGAGAGACUUGGUGGUAAUGGCGGUGGCGGCGGCGCUGACGGUGGUUGUGGUGGAGAGUCAGCAGCUGGCCGGACACAGAGUUCACCCCGCACAACGUCGGCAGGUGCUCGACGUGGGCCCCUUCUCUCAUGGAGGCGGGAGGCCGCCCCCAUCCAGACACAGAAGGCCUCCUCCUCCUUCAGGAUUCAGGGGGCCACCACCGUCCCUUCAUUCUAGUGGAUCCAGACCACUCUACCAUGGCCCACCUACCCAGGAGGGCACUGGGUCAUUUGGUUCUCCCUUCGACCCCCAGCAAGGCACAGGGCACUUGCCUCUAGAUCCUCGACCACACUUUGACAAUCCACACUUCCUGCCGGAAGAAGAUAUUAUUGUAUCUGGAGAAGAAGAGGCUUUAAAAGGAGGCGACUUUCUGCCGCUCUUCAGUGACGACGAGCAUCCAGAGUCAGCUCGGGAGACCGCUGAUUCGCGACUUCCUUCAGAGCAUUUAAGGCCUCCGGUACCUCAGCCAGACAUCUUCUCCCCACCACAGGCUCAGGACGAACUGCGUCACCAGGAACACCAAACACAGGAACAAACAUCGCCUCAGGAAGAGCACCAAAGAGGAGUCACUCAGGUGCUUGUAUCUGAAGUUACUCCGCUGCAAGAAGAGGAGCCCCAGCUGCAACAGCCCCCACGGUCAAGAAAGCCACUCGUACAGAGUUCAGACGCAGCAAAGAAGUCUCAGCAGGAGCUACAAGAGCCGCCGCAACAGUUAGGAGGUCAGCAGUACGAACAGGAGACUAAAGAGGUGGUGAUCGUGUCUGCUGCUCGGCCCAACCACAGCCAGAGUCCUGGACCUCUUCGGCCACACUCACAACUGGACGCCAGAGACCGUCGCCCCUCCCACCCUAACCAGUUGCCUCUGUACAACGUGAUAGAGACCCACGACAUCCAGGAAGCAGCGUCGCAAGAGCGGCCAUACCGGGUGUUGUAUGACUACGAGAACCAGGAGCAGGAAAAGGAGGAGGAGGAGGAGGAGGAGGAGGAAGAAGAAGAACCUGACCGUCUAUCCAUCCUCCUCCUGGACUCGCACUUCUCCUGCAUCGACAAGAAGAACGGUUACUACGCCGACGAGGACGUUGAGUGCGAGGUCUUCCACUACUGCCAGGACCGAGUCAAGCACUCGUGGCUGUGUCCCCAGGGCGCCUCCUUCCACCAGGUGCACCUCAUCUGUAUACCCCGCUCUGAAGACAACAUCUGCGAGAAAUCCUCCAAGUUCCACUUCGUGAAUGAGUUUCUGUACAAGGAACUGGACGCAGACAGCGGUAGCAACAAGACCUACGCUGACCGAUACUACCCCGAGGGCUUCGAACACGGCCUGGCCGGCGUGGACACCGACCAGCAAGUGACAUAUCCAGUAGGGGUAGCAGGCGCCCCGCCACAGGCGCCGCGACGUCCAUCUCCUGUUUACCUGGACAAUCUACCUCACACUCAACCACAGUACCACGAGGACACCACUGAUCCCUACGUCGACAGGCAAGUCGAGCAAUUCGCAAGGCCACAUAACGCUGGGGUUCCACAGGGCUUCUCAAGACCGGUGUACAGGGGUGGAGGACAAGGGUUUGGCAACCUAGAAGAGGUUUUGGCUCAAAGAAGGCCAGGCUGACCCCACCGACCCCAGCUGGUGCUGCGCUCGAGGUCGUAGAACUCACUAAUACGUUGAAAAAACAAGAGCACAUAUAUUAUUUGGUACAUCCUGUUGCGGGAGUUGCUGUUAGGAUGGCCACGUAAUCACAGAGACUGAAUACCACUCUUACAUAGUCUUAGCUUUAAAGCUAUCUUCUUCCAGUAUUCCUGACAAUCAGGUCACUGCAUGAAUGAUAUAUUUUUAAAUUAUAAUUAAGCUAUUAAUAAAAAACAUGAACAAUAGACAAAUUAAAUUAAAUUGAUCUCACAAUUAAUUGCGCCGUGCUUCUCUUCAGUUGCAAGAGGCCUCCUGCCAGUUGGGAGGCUUCGGGUUAAGGCCGCUGCCUCCCAACACAUCGACACGUAACUCUGUGUCUUCGUAACUCACAUUCAUAAUACAAAAUAAUAAAUUAUGUUGAAUAUUAAUACCAAGAGUUGUGUGUGACAGUGAAGGCGGAGGUCGUAACCUGGUGAUGCCCAUCUGGAGGAAACACGCUCUCACAGGUCCCAUACACGUAGGAGUCACAAGUUGGGCAUAAGUGUAUAUUGUUACGAUAGGGGCAAGUAAGGUGUCUAUAGUCUCUGGGAAAUUCAAAUACAAGGAGUAUCAUCAGGUGGGCAGGCUGGAAUACGACCGGUUAUAUUUAUUUGAUAUGGCACGUGUACUGCCAAGAACCACCUGCUGGCACCUCUUACACUACCCACCCACUGACACUCUACCACCCACCCAUUGACACUCUACCACCCACCCAUUGACACUCUACCACCCACCCAUUGACACUCUACCAUCCACCCAUUGACAACACCACCCACCCACUAACACUCUACCACCCACAUACCAGCAUACCAGCAUAACAGCAAGUAGUUCUACCGUCGUACGUCUUGUUCCAAAAUUAAUCAUAAUUCAAGAAUUAGACUAAGCUUAGUCAACAGGGAUUGGGAAAAGUUGAAUGAAACGAAGUAUAAAUGAUUGUAAAUAGUGCGUUGUUAUACGUAAGUUGCGUACUUUCUUCUCAAUGUUAUAACUUAGCUGAGUACUGUUGUGUUAUUGUCUUGUAUGUGCUCUCUUCUUAGGAGACUCACCAGUACAGUAAUUAGUGUCUAAGUGUGACGUAUUGAGAGGGGCGAUAACUUAGCGACGUCUCAAGGUUUUGACGGACCAUCUUGUGGUAAGUCACACUACCCACA